AUGUACUUGAUCGACAAACUAUCAACGACAAGUAGUCAUAAAAAAAUUGUUAGUUGUGCAUGUCCUAUUCUAGUAGUUAUCUCUUGUGUAUAUUUUCUUAAUCGACAACGAUCAGUUACGUUAUUGUCAACAUCUCUUCAAGUAUGGUACACAGCAGAACAGAGAAUUAAACGACCAACAUAUAUUAAUCGAGAUCAUGGCUUUUGUGGUCCUUGUCCUAUGAAUAAAAGCUUAUCAAAUGCAUGGCAAUUGACCGAUAUUGUUGCUCGUAUUUCCCCAAAACUUCCUUUUCUCGUUAAUAUUGGUGCUGCAUCUGCAGACGGCGGUCAAUACGAUCCAACUUAUCCUCUUCUAACUGAUACCAACUUAUCAUUUAGUGCACUUCUCAUUGAUUCAAACAAGAAUCCAUCUCUUUUUAAUGCUUAUCCUAAUCGUAAUAAUGUUCGCAUUAUACACGAUUUUGUCUGGCCUGAAACUAUUGUUGAAAAUCUGUUUGAAAAAUACAACAUUUCAAAAAAUUUUACUAUUCUUAAACUUGAUGUUGACUCAUAUGAAUGUUCAGUGCUUGAAAGUAUUCUUCAUGCUGGCUAUCGACCUCAAUUAAUUCAUACUGAAUUCAAUCCUAUUUUUCCACCGCCUAUUAUCUUCAUACCAAUCUAUAAUUCAACGACAAAAAUAUAUUGGACACCACCAUUAUGGUCUAAUAUUGGUCCAUUUUAUGGAUGUAGUUUAUCAGCACUUUCAAAAUUAUUAAAAUCAUUCGAUUAUAUUCUUGUUGAUGUUGACUUUUGGGAUGUUAUUUAUAUUCAACGUCAAAUAGCUCAAUCAACUCAAAUUCAAGUACCUGCAAAUGAUGAUAUUGCGUAUCAACAUGGUUUUCGUGGUCAUUCAUGUUUACCUUAUUGUAAAGAAAAUCGAAAGUUGUAUAAUAAUCGUAUAGAAAGUGCUAUUAAAGUUGCUUUAAAUCAAGUAAACUUUACAACAUAUAUGGCACAUAUUAUCGAUUCAUUUGCUCCAAUAUCAUUGAACAAUAAUCACAAACAUCCAUAUAUUAUCAGUAUAUGA